GUUUUGUAGUUAGCUCACUGUGACUUUAAGCUUUGCGCUCUCAGGAGCACAACCUGAGUGCGAGUGUCAUCCCAAAGGUCUGGCUGUGGACUUGAGCGGACUGUGUGAGGUUGGAUAAGAGAGGCCUUUUCCUAUGGUGAUUCCCAGCAGCACCAAGACCUUUCUCAUACAAUGCUGCUGACAUUGCAAACGCAUUGGGCUCGACAGGAGCCAUCCUGCUUUCUGCCCUCCGCCUGCCGCAACAGGAAAAUGGUCACAGGUGGCAGCAGCACCCCACAAUGCCAGCUGCCGCCCUGCAGCCAGGUUGCCUCUCUGGGCCACUCUCUUCCUACUGAGACAAUCAUGUCGAGCCAGCAUAGCCAUGCUCCCUUCUCCAGCAUCCAACCCAUGGCUGAACAUCAGCAGCAGAUCAUGCCAGAUCUGGCCAUUCUGCAGAGAAGGAUCCCACUCACCUUUCGGGACUCUGCUACAGCCCCACUACGCAAGCUGUCCGUGGACCUUAUCAAAACUUACAAACAUAUCAAUGAGGUCUACUAUGCCAAGAAGAAACGCCGAGCCCUGCAAGUGGCGCCUGAGGACACCAGCACCAAAAAGGAGCGUAAAGUGCACAAUGAGGGUUAUGAUGACGACAACUAUGAUUACAUAGUCCGCAAUGGAGAGCGCUGGCUGGAACGCUAUGAAAUAGAUUCGCUGAUCGGCAAGGGGUCCUUUGGACAGGUGGUGAAGGCCUAUGACCAACAGGCUCAGGAGUGGGUGGCUAUUAAGAUAAUCAAGAACAAAAAGGCAUUUCUGAGUCAGGCUCAGAUUGAAUUGCGGUUGCUGGAACUUAUGAACCAGCAUGACACUGAGAUGAAAUACUACAUUGUGCACUUGAAGCGGCAUUUCAUGUUCCGGAGCCAUCUGUGCCUGGUGUUUGAGUUGCUGUCCUACAACCUCUAUGACCUGCUCCGUAACACCAACUUCCGUGGCGUCUCUCUCAACCUCACACGCAAGUUUGCCCAGCAGCUGUGCACUGCUCUGCUCUUCCUGGCCACACCUGAGCUCAGCAUUAUCCACUGUGACCUUAAGCCUGAGAACAUCCUGCUCUGCAACCCCAAGCGCAGUGCUAUCAAGAUCGUGGACUUUGGCAGCUCCUGCCAGCUGGGCCAGCGAAUCUACCAGUACAUCCAGAGCCGAUUUUACCGCUCACCUGAAGUGCUACUAGGCAUGCCUUAUGACCUGGCAAUUGACAUGUGGUCCCUAGGCUGCAUCCUCGUGGAGAUGCACACAGGGGAGCCCCUCUUCAGUGGUGCCAAUGAAGCAGACCAGAUGAGCCGGAUUGUGGAGGUAUUGGGACUGCCACCCCCUCACAUGUUGGAGCAGGCUCCCAAAGCUCGGAAAUACUUUGAAAAGUUGCCUGAGGGGGGCUGGGUCCUCCGGCGAGGCAAAGAUGGCAGGAAGGAUUACAAGGUUCCAGGAACACGGCGACUGCAUGAAGUGUUGGGAGUAGAGAGUGGGGGCCCAGGUGGGCGUCGUGCAGGAGAGCACGGCCAUUCACCUUCUGAUUACCUGAAGUUCAAGGACUUGGUGCUGCGCAUGCUGGACUAUGAACCCCGUAGCCGCAUCACUCCCUUCUAUGCCCUGCAGCACAACUUCUUCAAGAAAACUGCUGAUGAGGGCACCAACACGAGCGCCAGCACCUCACCCAGCCUGGGCACGGAGCACAGCCACUCCACCAGCACCACCAGUUCUGUGUCCAGUUCUGGUGGUUCCAGUGGUUCUUCCAAUGACAACCGUGGUUACCGUUACAGCAAUCGUUACUACGGCAGCAUGGGUACUGUGCAUGCAGACUGCGAAAUGCAAAGUCCCCAAGCACCCCCUCAGCAGCAGAUGCGUCUCUGGGCCAGCGGUGACAGCGAGAGUAUUCCUCACAUCUUACCUCACAAGCCCACACCCAGCCAGGCCAUGCCAUGUUUCCCCCCCAGUGGGCACCCUCCAUACCAGCGCCCUCCGCUGCAACUGUCUCCCCCACUCCCCGAGGCCAUGGAGGUGUCACUGGGCCCUCGCCAUCUGGACUGCAACCCGACUGGGCUGGGCUCCUCAUCCUUGCACUUGGGCGCCUCAGCCUUCCGGACUAGGACUGCUGGUGGCUCGCGCCCUGAGGGACUUGGCCUCAACUAUCCUCUGCGCGGGCGUGGGCACCGAGACACUGACGAGACUGCACUGAUGGGUGUCUGUGUGCCCCAGGGCACAGCUGCCAGCUCCUGAUGAUGGACUGGCCCGGCAGGCUAGGAGCCAGUGCCCGUAGGAAGUGUGGAAGCUGUGCAGAGAAUGAAGGAUGCGACCUGUAUUACUGUUCCUUGUCACUUGGGAUUAACCUGUAAGGUUAAUACACAAACAGGCACCAACAUGCCAAUUUCAUGACUAUCAAAAGCAGAAAACAAAAACAACUUUUUAGUCAGGUAAGAAACUGCAGCAUCAAGGCCAAAGAUCUCCUGGAGAAGUUGUCUCUGCAUUCACUUGUUACUUGCUGGGUGCUGCCUUGCUUGCAGCUGGAUAAAGGGGCUAGUAUCUGACUGGAGUUAAAGAAGCUUGUCUUAGUACUCUAGCAGGACUGUGUCUUUUUCUACUCGAGCAGUUCCGUUCAACUGCUGCUUCAGCGGGAUGAGAUUCAGCUGGGUCUUAGAACAAGGAGGAGCCCUGUCAGAAAAAACGGAGCUGCCAGUUGCACAGAACCCUGGAAUCACUGCAUGUUUCAACUUAAUAUGAUCGCAGCAGUACAGCCAACGCAAAGGCAAGCAUGUUGCUCUGGAACAAACUGGCCUGUAGCACUGGAACAAGAUGUCAGUUCUGUUUGUUCUCUUGCAGCAGAGCACAUGAUCCCAAGCCCAGUUGCUGUCGGGCAAAAUGUGAUGGCUGGACCAAAAUGUUAAGUAGUUUCCAUCAGUCAUGCACUGCCUUUUUUAGUCCAGAAAUGUAUCAGUAUAUACUAGCUGUACGCUCAGGAAUCAUAUAUUCAUUCAGAUACACACAGGCCUAUGCCUACUGUGCAACAGCUGAAUACUUAAAAAUGGGAUUCAGUAUUCUUAAAAUUUCAGCUUUUUUUUUUUUUAAACCUUGUCUUAGUUUUAGACUGAUUUAAAAAUUAAGAGAAUUCAUAGUGAAACUUCUGAAGCCGGCGGGCAAUUCCCUUAGUGCCCCUCACCCACCUGUCUUCACCCUCACCCUUUGUGAAUCGUGAACCAUUACAUAAGGUUUAUGCAGAACCCAGUGCUGCUUUUGUAAGUACAGACUCCCUUCAGAGUGGAAUGUGCACGGCCUUUGCAUAUGAACUGAUUGAGAGGUUUGCUGCCUGGGCUAGUGCAGGGACUGAGUAGAGCUGUUUGUCAGUUAGGAAAGAUGAGCUGUAGCAGUAGCAAUGGCUGUAGAUAGGCUGACUAAAAAUUAUGACUGUACUUAGGGCAAACUUCAUCGCAGAUGGGAAACUCUGGGCACUCGGUGGUACUUCUAGAAAGAAUAAUUUGCUGCUGGAAGAAAGAGCAUCCUCAGCCAUGGCCACUUAAUAGCAUGUAAGUACCACCAAACAUUGCAAGCUCUGCAGAUUUUGGAUGCUGGUCCUAUCCUUAAUUCUGAGUGGAAUAAAUAGUUUGUUAUACAAUUGACUCAAACAGGCUUUUAUAGCUAAUUGCUUAACUUUGGAAUGAAUGUAUUCCAUUAGUUACUGACCCCCAUUUAAAUGAUGUUUAGAAGAAAUCUCUAUUCUGGCUUCCCUUUCCCCCACAGCACAUGCAAUGGGGCUCAGAUUUCCAUACACUGUCAUCCAUCUAUAUCCUUCAGAGUGAGUUCAUACAGUUAAAAUGAGAGUGAAUAGUUUUAUCACCUCCACCUUGUCUCCUCUGUGUUUUAAAUAAUUACAGCUGCUGUUCUUACCAGUUCAGGCAAUGUGUUUCAGGAAGUAGUUGCUGUUACCAUAGGAUAUCCUAACUAGAUUUCAUUGUAUGUUGUGGGAAGUUCUCUCUGUAUUUAAAGAUACUUGAUAUAGAUUAGUAGUUCCUCUAUAACUUUACAACCAAGACUUAUCUAGUCAGUGAGAAAAACCCUUAGGUUCCAUAUCCGUCCUUAUAAUCACAGCUUUUCCUCAUCUCAAAAUGUACCAUUUACUUUAAUGAACAGUUGGUCAUUAGCUGGAGCCAGAAGUUUAUGCUUGCCAAUGUACUACCUGGAGCACCUUAAAAGGGGAAGGAUGAACUAAGAAAAGCCAUUCUGGAUAAUGCUGAACAUCCAUUUAGUCUAACACUCCAUAUACUUGGUGGCAAACCAGCUGCCCACAGGAUCCCUCAAGCAGGAUGGGUGCAAGAUCUCCUGCCCAAGCUCUUCAGCAUCUGGUGUAUGCAGGCAUGCGGCCUCUGGUAAGGUCCCAUGGGUGUAUGGGGGGUAGCAUAUAGCCAGCAAGGCUAGUUACCACUGAUAGCCUCCUACCUCAUGAAUCUGUCCAAUCCCUUUUUAAAACCAUCCAGAUCGGAAGCCAUCACCACUUCCCAUGACAGCAAACUCCAUAGUUUAACUAUAGGCUGUGCAAAGAAGUACGUUUAUCUGUCCUAAACUUCCCACCCAUUACCUUCCUAGGGUGACCCCAGUUCAAGUGUUAAAAUGUCUUCCUCUCCACUUUCUCCAUGUCAUUUCUCCACUUACCUUUUUUCUAAACGAAACAGUUCUGGUUGUAGCUGACCCUUACAGGGGAACUGCUCCAGCCCCCUGAUCAUUUUUUAACCCUGAGUUGUAUUUUUCCAACUCAGUAAUGUCUUUUUUCACAUAAGGUGACCAGAACCGAGUUGCACUAAAGAUUUGUAUAACGGAAAGUAAGAUUCUGGCAGUCCUAUUUUCUAUUCCAUUCCUAAUUAUGCCUAGCAUGGUGUUUGCCUUCUUCACAGCAGCUGAGCACUGGGCCCGCAUUUUCAUUGAGCUGCUCACCUCUACUUCAAGAUCUCUGUCUUGCUCAGUCACUGCUAGAUGGAUCUGUGUUUCACAUGUGGGGGUUUAAGGAUGCUGUACAGGGAUUCACGGAUACCAUGACUGAAGCAAGCACACAUGCAAUUUGGAAGAAGGCACAGUGGAAAAACUGAAUGCCAAAUGCCUUUAUAUCAGGGACUGUACAUUAAUAAUGUUUAAGUAUGGGGCUUACAAGAAAAUGACCCUAUAGUUUAGUUCUUGCUCAGGUUUACAUAAGCAGAACACCACACCCGUCUCCAAACACUUGCUAUGUCUGAGGUAUCCUCCUAAGCACAAGCAGUUUCCACAUACAAUGUGGCCAGUGAUCUAAUCUCGGGCUGCACACAUUCUUUCAUUAAUGGUAAGUGUGGUGAAGAAAACCUCACUCUAACAGUAUGGGACUCCUGGGAAGAGAAAGAGCCACGCUCCCCAUUUAUUAUUGUUGGAAUACUGGUACCCACUGCUGACCCCCAAAGGUAGAUCAUGCAAACUAAGCUACUUCUCUUCAUUCGUUUAUUGGGAGUCACCUCGUUGGCCACUACGAGAAGCAGGCUAUUAGGUCAAAGAAACUAAUGGUGAUCCUGUGGCCUAUUUAUAUACUGCCCAAGUCGUACUACGAGAUCAGUCUGCAGCUGGGAGACUUGGUUUUGUUUCUCACUAAUGGUUCACAGAAUUGUCACGACUUGCAGUCCACCGUGAUUUUUCUAAAACCAACUAAGGAAGUAGCCAUUGUCGUAUCUGGUAGCAAAAUCCAUUUGUUAACUAUGCAUUGGUUGAAAUAGUACAACGAGCCAUCUGGUAGUCCUGAAAUUUUUUGGGAUUGGUUUCAUUGGCAGUUUUAAACCUUGAUAUUAUAAGAAUCACCAGCUGCCACCUCCACACCGUACACUGUGGCUGUGCUCAUGGAAUGGCUGCAUUGUCAGAACCCUGGAAGACGCAUGGCCCGUUGGACUGACUUCCAAAUCACCAUGGCUUCCAGAACCCAUAUGCUGCUUUGUAGGGUUCUGGGGUGGUUUGAACUCCACCAUCCCUGCCACACUUCUGACCAAGGUUCAGACAACCUGCACACUGUGAGGGUAAUGAGACAAAUGGUAGAGUGUACAACUGCAUUCAGCAACAGGGAAAAGAACCUACUAGUUAGAGGUUGCGUGAAUCUGACUAAUCAGAAUCUUGAUGACUAAACUACCAAAUGCUGUAGGUCACUCAUGUAUGUAUUGUUGCCAUUUUCUGCACCAGUCUACAAUAUUCUUCUGAAAUAGGACAACCAAAACUAUACAAUAUUACAGGGCAUGAACAGCUGUCUAUACUCCAUCAUACUGAACCAACUAAGUACCAUGUAUGCGGGCUGGCUCUGGCUGUCCGAGAUUUUAAGUGCAGCAGCACCACCAUAAAUUUAUAUAAGGUAUUUUAA